UCUCACAGUCACUACACACUGUUGUCUCAGUACAGCACUGACACAACCAUGGCACUACCAGGUGUAUGCCAGAGCAUCUUAAAUGCAAGGCACUCGAAAAAUGGGUAUGGAAACUUGGAUACCCCUGAAAAGCUCUUCAACCAGGACUACCAGCAGCUCAAGCAGUACUGUCUGAUCCGGAGGGUCCGCUACAUCGAUGACAUGUUUCCCCCAGACACGAGAUCCAUCGGACCCACCAUCCUUAAUUCUUCAGACCUGAGCAAAGUGCUGUGGGCCAGACCUCACAAAAUUGUUCCAAAUCCAUCUCUUGUUGUUGAUGGAAUCUCCAGGUUUGACUUUGGCCAAGGCAUAGUAGGGAAUUGUUGGUUUCUGGCAUCCAUUGGAGCGCUGACAUUCCAGAAGCCCAUCCUGGCUCAGGUUGUCCCAAUGGACCAGUCAUUUGAUGACAAUUACUGCGGUCUAUUCCAUUUCAGGUUCUGGAGAUAUGGGCGGUGGGUGGACGUUGUUAUUGAUGACAAACUCCCCACAAUCAAUGGCAGACUUAUUUUUGUCCACUCCAAAGACCCCACAGAGUUCUGGCCUGCUUUGUUGGAAAAAGCAUAUGCUAAAGUGUGCGGCUCCUACUCAGACAUGAAUGCAGGGACCCCAGUCGAGGCCCUGGUGGACUUCACUGGUGGAGUUCACAUAUGUGUACAGCUGUCCAGUCCUCCUCCAGACCUGUGGGAGCUCAUGUGCCGUGCGGGACAGUCCAAGUCUCUGAUGGGAUGUGGCACUCCACAGGGGGCGACAUCUGAGAACACUGUCCUGCCAAAUGGACUGGUGGAGGGCCAUGCCUAUGCAGUGACAGGGGUCAAAGAGGUGAUGAUCCGGGAGCAGCUUGUUAAGCUGGUACGUUUGUGGAACCCAUGGGGCAAAGGAGAAUGGAAAGGAGACUGGAGUGAUCAGUCACCUCUCUGGCAAAUGGUGAGCUCCCAAGACCGUGACAUGUGCCUUGCUGUAGUUGAUGAUGGAGAGUUUUGGAUGACUUUGGAGGACUUCUGUAAGUUCUACUCAGACCUGGACAUCUGCUGCCUGUGUCCUGACUUUCUGGAUGGAAGCUCCAGUUGUCACUGGAAAACAUCCUUCUAUGAGGGUCGAUGGGUGGCAGGCACCACUGCAGGAGGGUGCUUGAACAACAUGGAUAGUUUCUGGACAAAUCCACAGUAUCGUGUGAAGAUUGAUGAGCUGUCUGAAAAAUGUGCUGUAAACCAAGGAGAAAAGAAUAUGCUGGUGUCACUCAUGCAAAAACCUGAUAAAAGGAACAGACGACUGGUAAAAAACCUGCACAUUGGAUUUGCCAUUUUUGCAGUGCCUGAUGCAUACUUGGGAGUGGAAGGGAAGUUUACAACUUCUUUUUUCACCACAAACAAACCAGUGGCUCAAAGCAAAACAUACAUGAACGCUCGAGAGGUGAUGGAGCUUGUGAUGCUAAUGCCCGGGGAGUACCUCAUUGUACCAUCCACAUUUAACGCCAAUGAGACUGCUUCUUUUCUGCUGACCAUCGUCUCCAAGGCCGAGACCCACAUCCAUGAAAGCUCCAGUGGCCUCAAUUACAGUCUUGUGACGGGUGAAGAGCCUUCAGAAAAUAACACAACUGAUGACAACAAGAAAACAAUAUUCCGACAGUUUUCUGACAAGUAUGAGGAGGUGGACGCAGAGCACCUCCAGGUGCUUCUGAAUGAAAACAUCUUCAAAGGAGACUUGAAAUCUGGGGGCUUCAGUGUUGAUGCCUGUCGCAGCAUGGUCGCUCUCAUGGACACAUCUAUUACUGGUAAACUGAAUAGUGAAGAAUUUGUUGGCUUAUGGGGAAAAAUCACUACAUUCAAGGACAUUUUCUUCCGCACUGAUGUUUCAAGAACUGGAACACUGUCUAUGAGCGAGCUACGGAAUGCUAUCGCAGCUAUAGGAAUGAAGGUGAGUGAUGACAUGCUCAACCUGAUGGCCGUGCGCUAUGGAGCGUCUUCAGGUCACAUGAGUCUGGAAAACUUCAUCAGCCUGGUGCUUCGCUACGAGUGCAUGUCUAAGGUUUUCCAGAAAUUGUCCACUGGAAACACAAUGACACUCCGAGAGUCAGAGUGGCUGUAUGUCUCCAUGUACACAUAAUGAGUAUACUAUCUUUGGAGCUAUAUACUCUAAAUUGCUUGCAGAGCUUCAUCAUCAUAAACCAUAAAGGCAAGCAGACAGUGCAGAAUGUGACAUAUUAUAAUAAUUAUAGGCCUUAAGCCAUACUCUGCCUUGGUACUAU